AUGGCCCCUGGUCUCGUACACGACGACAGCGAUGCCGUGGCCGGCGCCGCCGCCGCCGCGAAGCCUACCGUCUACGUCCUCGACAAGUUCCAGCCCGCGGUCAUCGAGUACGUCCAGGACAAGUUCAAUGCCAUCCUGCCCGGCAUGCCCGGCCACGAGGACUGGCGCGCCAAGGCCCAGUACCUCCUCAUCCGCUCCUCGUACCUGACGGCCGAAGAUGUCGAGAACUCUCCCAACCUCAUCGCGGUCGGCAAGCAGGGUGUGGGCAUUGACAAGAUCGACGCCAAGGCCUGCGCCGCCCGCGGCAUCAAGAUCUUCAACACGCCCGGCGUAAAUGCUCGCGCCGUCGCCGAGCUCGCCCUCACCCUCGCAUGCUCCGUGGCCCGCUGCGUCGGCACCAUCAACCGCCGCCAGAACGCCGGCCAGCCCGUGCCCAAGGAGACCUGCUCGGGUCUCAUCCUGCACAAGCGGCCCAUCGGCGUCAUUGGCAUGGGCAACAUUGGCAAGACCGUCGCCACCAUCUUCCGCGGCGCCUAUGAAGCACCCAUCAUCGCUUACGACCCGUACAUGCCGGCUGACGCCUGGUCCGACCUGCCUCACACCCGUGUGUCCACUGUCGAGGAGCUGCUACGCGCCUCCGAUAUUGUCAGCGUCCACGUGCCCUUGACCGAGUCGACGCGCAACCUGAUCAGCAUGAAGGAGCUCAAGCUCUUGGGCAAGGAGGCCAUCGUCAUCAACACGGCCCGUGGCGGCAUCAUCAACGAAGCCGACCUGGAGACUGCUGUCAAGGAGGGCAUCAUCUGGGGAGCCGGCCUCGACUGCCACGAGCAGGAGCCCCCCACCUUUGAGAAGUACAGCAGCAUGUGGCAGGGAAACAUUCUCAGCACGCCCCACAUUGGUGCCGCCACGGAACAGACCCAGAUCGAGACUGGAAUGGCUGCCGCCCGGUAUCUGUACGAGUUUACCCAAUCGCAGUCGGCGGGUAAGGGCAACUGA